GACAUGGCUGAUGAUGUUAAAAAGACACUGAUUGAGCUCAUUAAGAACAGUAGAUAUUUUGCCAUACAGCUUGAUGAGACUACAGAUAUUGCAGAUUUGGCCAAUUUAUUGGUUUAUGUGAGAUAUGAAUAUGACGGUGUGGCGCAGGAGGACUUUAUGUUCUGUAAAUCACUGGAGACCAGAACUACAUCAGAGCAAAUAUUCCAGUUACUGAACAAGUUCAUCCAGGAGCAUGGCUUGGACUGGGAAAAGUGUGUGGGUGUAUGUACUGACGGAGCGAGGGCCAUGACGGGUCGCAACAGCGGGGUAGCAGCUCGCAUCCGAGAGGUGGCACCUGAGAUGCGCUGGACUCACUGCAGCAUCCAUCGCGAGGCGCUGGCAGUGAAGAGGAUGCCUGAUGACCUGAAGUCCGUGCUGGAUUGUGCUGUAAAAACUGUGAACUUCAUCAAGGCCAGACCGAUGAAUGCUCGCUUAUUUCAUGUGCUCUGCGAGGAGAUGGGCAGUGAGCAUGUCCAACUCUUGCUUCAUACUGAAGUAAGGUGGCUUUCAAGAGGAAAGGUGCUUUCAAGGCUUUUCGAAUUGCACAGAGAGGUCCAGAUGUUCUUGCAGGACACAAAUUUCCCCGUCAGACAUUUUUGAGGAUACUGU